CAAUUACUGUAUCGCUGAUUGACCUAUCCUGCCAAAAACAUUUUAAUUCCGCCUCCACUUUCCUUCAUAUCACAUCUCUACCCAUCAGCACAAUGGCGCUCUUCGGAUCCGGCUCCAACAAUGCUUCUGGCAACCCGCAGGAGGUCAAGACUGCCAUCAUCAAGCAGCUCCAGCAAGAGGCUGCCAUGGCCAAUGCUCGCAAUCUGAUCGGAAAAGUGAAUGAGCACUGCUUCGACGCCUGCAUUCCCGCCCCCGGCUCCUCCAUCACCCCCAAGGAAGAGACCUGUCUCUCUCAGUGCAUGGAGAAGUACAUCUCCUUCUGGAACACCGCCAGCCGUACCUACGUCUCUCGUGUCUCCCGCGAAAGCAAGCGUCUCGGCGGUGCUGAGAACCUCGCCAUGAUGGCCACCCCUACCGAGACCAGUCUGUAA